AUGCAUCAACAACAGCAGCCGAUUGGGCGGGCGGGCCAAGCCGCCCUCUUGACGUGGGUCAACACAUUUGCUCUCGACCGCAAGGUGGAGCGGCUAGAGGAGCUGGCGGACGGCCAGGUGUUUGCGCAGAUGCUGCACGACCUGGACUCGGAGUACGAUCCGGCCGAGCUGGAGCAGAACACGGGGUCGUCGGCGUGGUUGACGAACAAGCGCAAUAUCCAGUCGGUGUUCAAGGCGUUGACGCGGUACAUCAUUCACAAGGACCGGAGCGGCGCAAUCGAGUUUCUGCCGCGGACGGUAGACUUCCGGGCCAUCUCGGACAAUCUGAACGCCGAGGGACUGGCGCAGCUGGUGGCCGUGUUUGUGGCGACAGCGAUGUUGGGCAGCCACAACACGCAGUACAUCCCGGUGAUGCGCAGCAGCCUGACGACGGCCGAGCAGGCGGCGAUCAUGACGAUCCUACAGCGCAAGGCGGAGGAGCGGCAGCGGCUGGCCGACAGCGGGACCGACGGGGGUUCGCUGGACGAGGCCGAGACGGCGAUGCUGGGCACGGGCUCGAGCACGGGCGCGGGCACAGACGCGGCGCUGGUGGCAGAGGAGCGGCUGGCGACACUGGCGGCAGACUACGAUCGGCUCAGCAAGCGGCUGGCUGACACGAGCACGCGGCUGGAGCACCUGCAGAUGUCAUACGAGGCCAUCAAGGAGGAGCUGGAGCGCAAGGAGAAGGAGCUGGACAUGGAGCGACAGAGCCACGGGGCGACAGAGUCGCAGCUGGUGCGGGAGCUGCAGGAGAAGCUGCGCGAGCAGGACGAGCUGAUCAGCAGCCAGGAGGCGCAGGCGGAGGAGGACCGAGCGACCAAGCAGCGGCUGGCACAGGAGAGCGCGCAGCUGAAGCGACAGGCGGCACUGGUGGAGCCGCUGCAGGACCAGGUGCAGGAGCUGCGACACGCCAACGACGAGCUCAGCAAGAAGGCCAACACGGUAGACCGAUACAAGCAGAAGCUGGAGACGCAGCGCGGGCUGGAGACAGACCUGCAGAACGCACUCUACGAGCUGGGACAGAACAAGGAGGCGCUGAAGGAGCUGGAGGCGCUGCAGCGACGGGGCGGCCAGCAGCAGGCGACGAUCGAGCGGUUCCGUGAGAUGGUGUCAGGGCUGGAGCAGCAGAUCGAAGACAACCGACUGCAGCGAGCGGCGCUGGAGAGCGACGUAUACGGAGCCCACGUGCAGCUGGAGAGUCUGCGCGACCAGAGCCAGCUGAGCGAGGCGCGCAUCGCCGAGCUGGAGCAGCAGCUGCUAGUGCACGGCAUCGUGCUGGUGGGCAGCGGCAGCGGAGCGGCCAACGAGAGGGAGAAUGGAGCCGGAGCCGGAGGAGGAGCUCCAGGCAGCGUUGCGGGCAGUGCAGGUGGCAACAUCGAGGCAGCAGGAGGCAGCAGCGUGGCAGCCAAGACGUUCAGCCUGGAGGACGAGCUGCAGCACGAGCAUGAGCAACAACAGCAGGAACAGAAACAACAGCAGACGGUCGAGCCGACAGCACAGGCACUAGAGCUGGCACGGCUGCGGGCAGAGAACAGUCUGCUCCGAGGACGGCUCGAGUCGGGCACAGAAGGGGACCACCGGCUGCGGAACGAGCUGGAAGCGACGCGGGCCAAGGAGGAGUCGGCGCGGCAGCAGUACAGCGCGCUGCUGGAGAAGCACACGGUGGCCGAGGCGCAGGUGCAGGCGCUGCUAGGAGGACGAGCCGGCGAGGGGAGUGCCGUGCUGGCAGAGGCGCGACAGCGGCUACAGGCGGCAGAAGGCGAGCACGAGCAGCAGACGGCGGCGGCAGUGGCGCUGGAGCGACAGGUGGCCGACAGCCAGCGCGAGCUGUUGCGGCUGCGCGGCGACCUGGCCGCGGUCGAGAAGGGGUCGGUGGCCGAGGCGCUGGCCGAGCUGCAGGCAACCGAUCGGCUGGUGUCGGAGUCGCUGAGCCAGGAGGUGGCGUCGUUGCGGCGCGAGGUGCGCGGGCUGCAGCUGGACAAGGAGCAGCAGCAGCAGCUGCUGGUCGAGGCGCUGCUGUCCAAGGGUGGCAUGGCCAAGCGGGAGGCCGAGAUGGCGGCCGAAUCAGACUCGACUGCCGAAGCAGAGGCAAAAAAUGGGACGACGGCCGGCCAGCCGGACAAGGCGCACACAACAGCAGACUCUGCCGCGACAGAGGAGCAGCUGCGCCGGGUCGGCGAAAAGAACGAGAAGCUGCGGGCGGCCGUGAAGCAGCUGAAGAAGUCGCUGGCGCGACCGCAAUCGCUGGCGCGCAUGGGUCGACCGACCGACCGUCGGGGUCCCUCGCUCGGUCCGCCGGCCGUGCUGGCCGUUCGUGGCCGCUCUACCGGUGGUGGCAACAGCAACAGCCACAGCAACAGCACCAAUCUCGUCAUCUUCAGCUCAACUUCGGCACGCGGUCGUGUCGAUCGUGCUGACCGGCGCCGUGCUGCUCGGCUUCGCUUCCGCGUCGGCGUCAUCCAGGGCCUCCGUGCUGACAUCCGUGCCGAUAUCCAGGCCGGCAUCGUGGCCGGUUUCCGCGCCGUCGUCACUACACGCCAAUCUCCCGUCUCGACCGCCGUCGCUACCGCCCUCCUCGUCGCUGCUGCUGCCGCGCUCUUCGCCAUCGUCACCCCCUUCGCCUGCGCCCUGCUCUUCGUCUGUCUCGGCCUCUCGGCUGCCCUGUUCUCGCCCCUGCUCUGCGCUGCCGCCUACUACCGAUAUACCCUUCUUGGUCGACGCGGACCGCUUGUUAGCCAUGAACGUGAUCCCUUGCUUCGCGGUCACAUGACGUCGGUCACAUGA